AAAUGGUUUGUGUCAAGUUCUUCGUGGAAAAACAAGUGUUCGUGACUCAAAAAGAAUAAUCUAAUCGGAGAAAUAGGUAUCAAAUUAUCUUAUAACAGCACUUUUUGAUCCGAAAGAAGUAUAGCAGUGUGUCGGGAGAAGAAGUGCAAGUGCUUGGUUAGUGAAAAUUGUUAAUUGACUAACCGUGAGAUAACAUUUUCUGUGAGACCCUGAACAUUUAGCUAUUUUUUUAUUUUGUGGCAAUGUUUUGCAAUUUAUUUGUGAAAUUUUCCUGCGUUUUGUUUGUUCUUCUGCUGGCCCAGGACUGCCAUAGUCUGGACAAAGUGGAAGCUACUGGUGAUGGAUGCAACAUUACUGAUCCUCUCUACAAUGCUACAUUUAAUUUUGGAGCCCUCCAUACGGAUUUGAGCCAUUCAGUAGCCCUCGGACAGGGCAGUUCAAUUGAAUUUAAUGUUUGUGGUGGAAUAUCGAAGGAAUGCAAUGGUACUAAGGGAGUUGCAGCCUGCGUGACUACCACGUCCAAGGACAAAGAUAUUGUUCUUGGUACUGGGCACACUCUUAAACUAACUAAUGGUAGAUUUCAAUUUGAUUUUAUGGGAGAGAAGUGUACCAAUGAUAAGAAUUGGACACUCUCAGUAAUUCUUGAUUGCGAUUAUACGUCCGUAAAGAAUCCCUUUAGCAUUGUGAAGACCAAUGAUAAGUGUUCCUAUUCGGUGAUUUAUCGUACGAAGUUGGCCUGUGGUCCAUCAUCCUUCAAAUCCCUUGACUCCUGCUCCGUACCCUUGAACAAUGUCCAAAGUGUGAAUCUCUAUCAAUUGGCCAAUGUGAAUCAUGUUGUUGAUGAUCGCAAUGGAGGUACCUUCCUAAUAAACAUCUGCAAUCCUGUCCACUGGGAUUUGGAUGUCAUGUGCCCCGUGGGAUCCGGUGUCUGCUUCAUCAAUAACACUGAGAAUGAUCUCACAAAGAAGUUCCGCAAUCUGGGAACGAUUGAAAAGCCAACGGUGAACAAAGGCGAAAUUUCAAUCAAAAUGGACAGUCCGGAAACUUGUCCUCUUGAUCCGAAAAAGAAAAUCUCCUCCCUCAUAACAUUCCGUUGCGAUAAAAGCACAAAAGUGGAUGAGGUGGAAUUUAUCGGAUUCCACGAUUGUCAGUAUUUAUUUGCGUGGCAGACAAAAACUGUCUGCGAUAACUCUGAGCCCUGUACAGCUGUUGAUCCCAAAACUGGCGCCAAGUACGAUCUCAGAGAACUCUCCAAGAAGCCCUACAAUGUCUCCCAUGACAAUCACACUUACACCUUCGGAAUCUGCUCCGCUCCUGGCCAUCCUUGCCUGGAAUCUUCAGGAGCUUGUGAGAUCAAUCCAGCGGAAACUACUGCCCUCGGUCUGGCAAAUGACAAGAUCCUGAUCAAUGAGACCGGUUCCCCGUAUCUCAAGUACGAAAAUGGAGGAUUGUGCAAGGAGAACAAGCAACAUUCGUACACAAUCAUUGAGUUCGUGUGUGCUGAACAGGGAAUGGAAACUGGCCCAAAGAUUAUCGAGAAUACAGGAUGUCGCCUGAUUAUUCAGUUUGUGACGCAACUCGUGUGUUCGCAGACGCAGAUAUCCUGUCAGACCAAUAAUGGAUCAUACCAACAUGUCAUUAAUCUCACUCCUCUCAUCAGUUUCACAGAGAACUACGUCGCCAAUGUGAGCUCCGGUGUCAAGGACGACAAUGCAAAGAGCAAGUACUUCAUCAAUGUCUGCCGACCACUAGUGCCUCAAUAUGGACUGAGUUGUCCUGGAGGAUCUGCCAUUUGUCAGGCCACCAUUGAGAAUGGGAAGCCUGAGAGUGAGAAGAGUCUUGGGUAUCCCGAUGUGUCUCUGACCAUGGUCAAUACGCCUUUGGGAUCGAGGGCCCAGCUCAAGUAUUUGAGGGGAAGUGUCUGUCCUGCAGACAAUGCAACUCAACUGUCCUCCUCCAUAGAUUUUUACUGUGAUCCGAAAGUUGGUCGGGGUAAUCCUGUCUUGAAGGCCAUUGUACAUGAUUGUUUUUAUGAAUUUGAAUGGGCCACCAAUGUAAUCUGCCCCAUCUACAAUUGCGAGUUCAGCAAGAAGCAUUGCUCCAUCCACAAUGAUGAAACCGACAAAGAAUUUGACUUGAUGGAUUUGGUAAAAUCAAAUUCAGAGUUGACAGCAAUUAAGUUCUGUGAACUCGACAAGUAUCAAGUAGAGGCAGAUUAUGCUCAAGGCAGUGUCAAGGUGUUUACCAUGUCCAAAGAAAAAUGUGGUGAUAUGAAUAUUCAACUGAAACUGAAUUGCAAUGGUGAAGAGCGAAAUUUCACAACGAAAAAUGAUGAGCACUGUUCUUUGCUGGUGACUUAUGAAACACCAUCGAUUUGCUCAAUGUUGGGACUACAACCACCUGAAAAGGCAUCGCCUCCACCACCAUCUGUCACGACACCAAAAUCACCGGAAGAUGGAAAGGACAACAAGACGGACAGCGGCAAUUCUCAUGACGGUGACAAGAAGUCAGGGGGCGGAGUGUCUACAGUUGGAGCUAUAUUUAUUGUGAUGGCUGUUUUUGGGGCUGUUGGAGGCAUUGGAUUUGCCCUCAAGGAUCCCGAGAGACGUGCAAAACUUUUCUCUCUCAUUCGUCGCAAAGACACCAAUGUUUCGUAUUCACGGGACUUUGGCGACCAUUACGACAUAUAAUUUAUUUAUUAGUUUCGUUCGUAUAAAAUUUUAAAAGAAUUUUUGUUUUGAGCACCUGUUUUAAAUUUUGUAAAAAGGUUUCUUUUCUUUGAUAUUACACGAAUUUGGCUGUAAAAUACGCUUUUAAACAUUGUUUUUUGUUUUAAGACUUGCAAAAUAAUUUAGCGAUAAUUGUGUAAUAGGGAGAUCUUAAAAUCAAUGUCAUAAAUUGCAGGUUUCCAAUGAAGAAGCCAGCCUUUUGAUGAAUCCAGCCAGACUAAAUGAUAGUGAUGAUGAACUUCUAAUCUAAUCAGCUUUUGCGAGUCUUUUUGAACUUACACAUAUUUUUGCAGUAUGUCACCUUUUUUAAGCGUUCCUUUUCCGCCAAAAAAAAAAACAAAUGGUUAUACACCUGUGAAACUAAUUACUUGUUGAAGUUUCUUAAAUGAAAUUUCUUGUGUAUUUGCUGUAAUUGAGAAACUUAACUCACUGUAGUAUUCUUAAUUUAAUCCAAAGGAAUGGACACAUUUGUGAUGUUUACGGAAGCUAUUAUUUUAAUUUUUAAAAUAAAUUAAAGGAAAAUAUUGAAUUGAUUAAAAAAAAAUGAAAAAUACCAAAUGAAUUGAAUGUGAAAUGAAAGAAUUUAGAAGUGAUUUUUUUUGUUGUGUCAGAAGGAUAUUUUUAUAUUAGCUAGGCAAAUAAAAGUCAAAAUGAAAAGAAAA